CUUUCUCCGUUCAAGUAUAUAGGAGCUACACCUCCCGAGAGCGUGCAUUGGCGGGACGUGCAAUGAAGUUUCCUGCAGUGUUGUGUGUUGUGGCGCUGCUAUGUGAGUGGGUUCAGUUCGGUGUGGCGUGUUCGGGGUUACUGCUGUGUCGGUCCUGUGGGCAUGAGGUGGCGGAAUUCACAGAUCUGAGGUUUGUGCCCAGCCGUCUCGCGCUAUCACACCGGAACGACACCGUGAUCGGAGAGAAGCGGGUCUCCGUUCAACUCUUCGAGAAUCCUCAAGGCUUCCAAUUUGAAGUCGUAACUUUUAAGAUCGCAGAUGUUCUGAAGCACUGGCCGGCGGACCGACACUUCACCUGGUAUCCGGGUUACUCGUGGACCGUCGCUACCUGCCCGCGGUGCAAAACACACCUAGGUUGGGCAUUUCAGCCCAGUGACUGGCCCAGGACGGUGACCCGAGACGAGUUUGAAGGUUCGGAUCAGACAUUUGUGGCACUCAUCAUUGACCGAUUACUGCAGGAACACUUUGCAUCAACACUUCUGAUGACACCCAAAUAUUUUAGAAGCUGACAAUUUGUCCUGCCACAUUUUAUGCCUUCAUUAAUAAAGCAGUUUUAUGGGAAUUAUUUAAUAUGACUUGAACGACUG